AUGAGUGCUGUUAGAGAAAGAGACUCUAAAAAGAUACCGGUCACCGAAUUUAUGAUUUCAGAUAUUGAAAAAAAUCUCAAAGCAGACCAAAUGGACUUAUUAAAGUUACGUGAAAGCAAUAUUUUAGAUUUAAAGCAUUAUGCAAAUGAAGCAACAUCAAAAAGAGAAGAUUUUGUUGCAAAUUUAGCAAAAAUUACCAAAAAUUUACAAGAAACUAAGGAUAGAUCUAAUGAACUAUAUGCCUCAACCAAUCAAAUCUCCGUCGAUUUUUCAAAAGUUACAGAUCAGCUUGAUUUUGCAGCGUCAUUAGUUCAAAGAGCCGAAGAUAUGUCAAUUAUCAUUACCUACAUCCAAGAAUUCAAUAAGCCACUAGAAGAUCCUCCCAUGGUCAGAGCUCCAAACCAGCCACCUCCUGAUCCAAAUAAUCCUGACAAUCCGCCUCAAGAAGUAUUAGUUCCUGCCUUUGAUCCUCUUGACAUUUUACUUAAAUCAAUUAAAUUCCCACCUACUUUGUAUCAAUGUGCGGAGCUUUGCGCUAAAUUAUUCAAAAUUGUUACUUCUGCUGAAAGAGAUUACUUACAGAAUGCUCGCAUAAAUCUGAUUCAAUACAGAGAGCGUCUUAAAGAUCAACUCCUUGAGCAAUUCGUUGCAAAUAGCAAAAUCAAUAAAUAUGAACAAGCAAAAUGCGCAUCAGCACUAGGAUUGCUAUCACACGAAUACGAGGCUAUGGAAGCUUUCAUCAAAUCUACACCAAUCAUGACUGAUGCCGGCAAAAAGUAUCAUUUCAAAGAAAAAUACUUAUUUGAAGACGAAAGCAUCCUUCUUGACCACUACAAGGGACUUUGCAGCUUCUUUGUCACUGAUUGCAAGAAAUCCUGGGACUUAAUUGAUGUCAUUUUCACUGGAAGCCAACAACCAAAGACUGUUUUAGUUACAACAGUAUUUAACACGGUCUUUGAUGCAUUUAUAUCAAGAGUAUUGAAUCAUUAUCUUGAAACUCCUUCAAAACAAAACAGAUUUUGUGAUAUGUUCUACAAAUUACAUAAUGAAACCGAUGAAAUGCUUAAAUCAAUUUGGGCCCUUGACGGACAAACGUUUUCCAACCAGAACAUCAUGGAAAAUACCUUCCAUAACUUCCAAACAAGUUAUGAAACUUUGGAAACUCAAGCUCUGACGAAUAUCAUGCUUGAACAAGUCGUUCCACACCUUAAGAAGCUCAGACAGAUCAUUGAGAACGCAAAGAAGUGGUUAACUCGUAAAGAAGAAGUAUCAUAUGAUAUCUUUUCCGAAUUUAACCCACAAAUGCCGAUCACCAUCCUCACCAAUGGUGCUGCUGCAUGGGAAAGAUGCGUUGUACUUUGCGAUCCGCAGAGAAAACACCAAGUUCUCAAAUCAUUGAUUGAUCUUGUCAUCCAAGCCAAUUUAAGAGAGUAUUUGAUCACAUACUUAGAAGCUUGCAGGAUCUGUAUGAUGAAAGAGAACGAUAUCAACACAGUUCCAAGGUUUUUGGCAAUUACAUCUGUUAUUAACAUGUCAAUCCUUACAAUUGAAGCCAAAUACAGCCAAAUCCUUAAACCGCAUUUGAUGCAGAAACCACAGUACCAUGAGAUGUUCCUACGCGACAGAGAAAGCUUAAUUUCCUCAUUAGAAGAUGGAAUCACGAAAAAUCUUCAAAUCUGCAUCAACAUCAUCACAGAUAGAGUCAAAUCCAUUGUCGCUACGAAGAACUUCAAGAACUCAUUUCUUCAACAGAAUGUUGAUGGAUCUGUUUCUCAAUCUUGCAAAGAAAUUUGCCAGAUACUUACUGGACCAAAUUCAGUAAUUCAAGAAGCAACAGCAUUGUCAGGAGAUAACAAUAUCUCUUUCUGUUCUGUUUUGGCAAAGGAACUCAUUGACACAAUUUGCAAUGCUUUGUUUGAAGUUCGUUAUGAUUUCCCUGAAGGAACAAUGCAAUUAUCAAUGGAUUUGAAUGAAUACAGAAAUGCUUUCAUCAAAUUCAACUUAGAUUUCGUCAAUAUCAAGUUCGAAGACCUUGACAUUGCUGCGAAAAUAAUGUGCACACCAGCAGACAGAAUACAAAUGGUUAAGAAAGAUCUCCAAAUGACACCGAAAUCAAUCGAUCUCGCAAAGAAACUGUUGCCUUUGAGAACUGAUGCAAAAGAUGAAGAUUUAGCUAAUGCUCUAUAA